AUGGAGUGGUACACGAUUAAGUCUGUGGUCUUUCUUUGUUGUGUUUUGUGUCUCCGUCUUUUUUAUACUGCAGAGGCUAUCAUUAAACUGCCAGGCAAUGAAACAAUUCCAGCACUGAUAAUGUUUGGAGAUUCAAUCGUUGACACAGGAAGCAACAAUUACAUAAUGACGCUGGCUAAGUGCAAUUUCCUUCCUUAUGGGAGGGAUUUCCAGGAAGGGAGACCAACAGGAAGAUUCUCCAAUGGCAAGGUCCCUUCCGACUUCAUAGCGGAAGAAUUGGGAAUCGAAAGAUAUAUACCAUCAUAUAACAGUCCGAGUUUGCAGCCCGAUGAACUCCUUACGGGAGUCAACUUCGCGUCGGGUGGCUCCGGAUAUGAUCCUUUGACCCCGAAAUUGCAGUCAGUCAUACCGUUACCUGAGCAACUGAAGCAAUUCAAAGAAUACAUAGAAAAGCUGAAAGGAAAUUUUGGGGAAGAAAGAACCAACUUCAUCUUGUCCAAAAGUUUAGUAUUUGUGGUAGCGAGCAGCAACGACAUUGCCAAUUCUUAUUAUGCAUCUGGAAUUAGGAAAGCGCAAUAUGAUAUUAACUCUUACACUGAUAUGUUGUCGCAAUUUGCCUCUUCUUUCAUUAAGGAAAUAUAUGGAUUGGGGGCAAGGAGAAUAGGAGUGUUUGGUGCACCCCCAGUAGGAUGCUUGCCAUUUGAGCGAACGCUGUUUGGAGGAAUAGAGAGAAAGUGCUCCCAAGAAAUAAACAUGGCAUCAACGUUGUUUAAUGCUAAACUCUCUGCAGAGAUGGACUACCUAAACCAAAAUAUGCCUCAAGCGAAGGUGGUGUAUGUUGAUGUUUACAACCCUUUGCUUCAUAUCAUCGAAAACCCAACCACAUAUGGCUUUGAAGUUGUUGACAAGGGAUGCUGCGGCACGGGGAUUGUAGAGGCAUCGAUAUUGUGUAAUCAGUUAGAAACGGAAACCUGCGCAGACGAUUCUAAAUAUGUGUUUUGGGACAGCUACCAUCCCACCGAGAGAACGUACCAGAUUCUUGUUGAUAAAAUCGUCAACAAAUAUGUAAACAGCUUCUUCUGA